GCUGUCAUGGCAAAAAGGUUGGAUUCGAACUCUACCCAAGCGAUUCUCUCGGGAUAUGAGAUUCCUGUACUCGGUUAUGGGCUUUACCAAGUACCGGGCGCGCUCGCUGAAGCCCUGACUGGGCAGGCUUUAAAGGCCGGAUACCGCCAUAUCGAUUCUGCCGCAGUAUAUGAAAAUGAGAAGGAAUGUGUAAGCGCUGUACGGGCCGCUGGAUUGAAGCGGUCAGAUGUCUUCUUGACCACCAAAAUCUCCCCGCAAGCUUUCGGAUACGACGCUGCCAGACAGUCUAUUGAUGAAAGCUUGGAGCAAGCACAAACGGAAUAUUUCGACUUGAUCCUUAUCCAUGCCCCUUUUGGGGGUAAGGAUGGCCGAUUAGGCUCAUGGAGAGCACUAGUGGAGGCGCAAAAAGCGGGAAAAGCUCGCUCGAUCGGUGUUUCUAACUUUGGUAUCCACCACCUCGAAGAGUUGGAAGAGUACAUUCAGAAUGGGGGAGAAGGACGAAUUGAAGUCGGUCAGUAUGAGCUACAUCCUUGGCUUGGACGAGCGGAGCUUGUACACUGGCUACAAAGUCGCGGCGCGGUUAUUGAAGCAUAUUCCCCUCUUGUAAGAGGAACUCGCAUGAAUGAGCCCGUUUUGGGGAAGUUGAGCAAGAAACAUCAGAAGAACCCAGCCCAGAUUCUUCUUCGCUGGAGUAUUCAAAAGGUGAGCAAAUCGUGUCCUGGCUUAAAUCUUAAAGCUGGCGUUCUGAUCAUGAAAUCCACGCAGGGGUUUGUUGAACUUCCUAAGUCUGCUACUACGGAGCGAAUUCAAGAGAACAUAAAUGUUUUCGAUUUUGAGUUGGAUGAGGAGGACAUGAGACUCCUGCACACUGAUGAUUACUCCCCCUCUACGUGGGAUCCUACAGUUCAACGGGACUAA